CUGCGUAGGAGACUACCGCAUCAUUUCGAACCCAAAGCUGGAUUCCAGGUCAGGAUAUUUAAGCACGAAAAUCGAUAUAGGGCAAAAGUCAACAAGGCCAUUCUGAGACAUUCAAAUACCAUAAGCGCCGCCUUGACGCCCGAAAUGGAACGGGCCUCUGUCGUAUACAUUAGUACGGGCUGAAUAUUAUUUCUUCAGCCUAUAAAACAUGGCAUAAUCGCCAGGGGAACGCAUCCUGCGGCUGCUUCCGUUCCAAUGAGCAGGGGUCCUUGGAAAGUUGAGACUCAAGUCAGAAGCCCAAUUGAUGGACCUCAUAGCUGUACCACAUAAACUACGAAGGUAGUUACCAUCGAGUAUAGUUAUUAUUUACUAUCUUGCGUAUACGGUAUACGUUAAGCGGCUUGUAGUAUGCGAAAAUAUGUCAAGCCAAUAUGUCUACGAGCCGUUGGGACCAAACUCCAUACGACUAUUGUCGAUUGUGCCAGGCUUUCCGUCGGAAACAAUUAAGUGUAGCCUCGAUAUCGUGGAUGACAUAACCAAUGCGCAAGUAUACGACGCUGUAUCUGGUAUUUGGGGCACCGAGUUAUCCGAUGAGCCGAUUAUGUGCAAUGGGCAGAGGAUGGCCGUGACCAAGAACCUGAUAGAGGCAAUGAAAUAUCUCAGGCCACUACCGCCGUGGACCUCGGUUCUCACAUGGCGUACGGAUCACCCUCUCCAUUCAAGUCGCAAUGUAUGGAAGAACUUCGCCACAAACCGCCGGGAGGAGCAGAAUCGCUCUAGCUCCCAGCAGCGGCGGGCCCUCUGGAUCAAAGCGAUCUGUAUCAACCAGAACAACAAAGUUGAAAAGGGCAAUCAAGUCAAGCUGACGCAAAAAAUCUUCGCAAAUGCAGGAGUUGUUAAGAUUUGGUUGGGCGAAGCGAAUGACUCCUAUUCAGUUAGUUCCACAAGACUAAGGAUAGUACAAGAGACCAAUACUCCGUUGGUUAUACGGAAAUCCAGUUUUCAUUUUGACCAGUAUGGAAGAAUGCCGAUUGUUCUCACGUUCAUCGCGCAAGCGCUACGGAACGUUGAAGCUGGCGAUGACUAUUGGACCGCAGGAAGAUCUGCUACGGACACAGUCUACCGAAACCGAGUGCAUGGAUUUCCGGAUGCGUCCUUCGAGGAAUGGAAGAUUAUCCGCUGGUUCUUCACCAAGAUGUGGUUCCAGCACAUCUGGGUCAUACAGGAAGUGGUUUUGGCCCAGCGUGCGGUAGUCAUAUUGGGAGACUGGCACAUUGAGUGGGCAGCGGUAGGGAUAGCUGCAGCAUGGUUCAAAGGGCAUGGCUUUGCCUUACCCACCGUCGUAAAAUUUAUAGGGGAUAUGAAAGACCUUCUGCCAGUCUCCAGAGCUGCUACAAUGUGGGAGUUAUGCACCACGCUGGGAAAGAGACGUCCACUGCUCCAGAUGUUACGAGAACUCCGCGGACGAAAAGCAACGCUGGAGGUAGAUAAGGUAUAUGCAGCUUAUAAUUUGGCGGAAGAGACUGCGAAUACAAAAAGGUUAGAUCCGUUAAUCGAACCGACAUACGACAAACCAUUUGAGGAGGUGUAUCAGAACUUAGCACGCUUCCUUGUGAUAGACCACGGAAAUCUUGCCGUACUAUCCCACGCUGGCGGCUUCGAGGGCGUGAAAUCGGUCUGCGCAUCGUGGGUGCCAGACUGGAGUCAAGACAAAGCAUCCGCUGAACUGAUCAAUAACGAUCACGACGACUCGCCUUAUAAUGCCGAUAACAAUGAGUACCUAACAAUAGGAGGCUCUUUAGAUCCGAAAUGUCUCUCUGUCAAGGGGAUCAAGGUCCCUUCCGGCGUUAUACGAGCAUAUGGCGACAAACUCUUCAGUUAUGGGUUCCGCCACACUACUUACAAGGAAGAGCAUGAUUUUAUUAGAUCAUCCUGGAAAUUGGUUGCCGACUGGGUCAGAAAACAAGAUAGCCCAGAGAUUGCAAAUGAGAGUUUACGGAUGUACCGGAGUGAAAACAUACCACGAACAUUUAUCUCCACACUUACAGGAGGCUUUAGUGAUAUAAAGCGGCCAGUUCAUGAAGACCCUAGCUUCCUCGACGAUGCAGCAUGGUGGUUAAAGCAGGAAUUCAACGACCAGAUUCCAACUUCAGGGAUAGCUCCAAAAAGGAGUAAUUGGACGACCAUGUGGAAUUCUUCAGAUUCGGGUCGGUUUCACGAAACCUUCGCGCGUGUUUGCUUACAUAGACGGUUCUUUGUCACGACUGAAAACCUGAUGGGCAUAGGCCCUGAAACAAUGAAAAAAGGCGAUAUGGUAGUUAUCCUGUUUGGCGGGAAGGUACCAUAUGUGGUGCGACAAGUUAGCCAGGCCAGGUAUUUGUUCAUCGGGGAGUGUUAUGUUCCGGGUUUGAUGACCGGGGAAGCAGUCGAGCAAUGGAAGAAGAGUGGAGGUAAAGCGGAAUUCUUCCACCUUGUGUAGUCGAUCUCCCGCGCCCGGCCCGCGGUCUCGUUAGCAAAGCCCCGCUCUUCGUAUUCGUUCCUGUUUAUCAUCUAGAUUCCACGAAUUAGGAUCUUGCUAGGUCCGAUGACAAGUCCAAAGUACCGUUUUCAUCACCAUAAUCCGAACUAUAUCUACCGUGCCAUCCCGUGCCAUCCGCAGACAGCUUCUCGUCACAACAAGUAUAGCCCAAAUCCGUGGCACAUUCAACUUAACAGAAAAAUAGACGCAUACAAUUUUGUGAUGAACGAAGGAUCAUCUCCGAACUCAAUAUCGGCUACCCAUCCUCGUUAGCUAUCAAUAGAUAGGCAUCGGGAGCGACGACACGGAUCUGAUAUAAGCCACUGUUCGGGAUCCGACGGAGUGCGGUGCAGGCAAUUGAUUAUAACAU